AUGGCUUCUACCAGAACUCAAGUUGUCCCACCGUCUUUUUGCUCUCCUUGUUCUAAACCCCAACCAAAAAACGACAUUUUCCUCAAUUUUAGAGGCGAAGACACCCGUGAUAAUUUUAUAGACCAUCUAUAUUAUGCUUUGAAAGAGAAAGGGUUUAUCAUCUUUAAGGAUGAUAAAGAACUUGUGCCUGGAAAUCCCAUUUCAACGAAACUCUUGGAUGCGAUCGAGAAAUCAAGAAUGGCAGUCAUCAUUUUGUCUAAAAAUUAUGCGUAUUCAACAUGGUGCCUAGAAGAACUAGUAAAGAUUGUUGAAGGCAUUAAGGGAGGGUUAAAAGUGUUGCCCAUUUUCUACCAUGUAGAUCCUUGUCAUGUGCGGCAUCAAAAGGAGACUUUUGCUAUGGCCUUUGAUGAACACGAAAAACGUCUCCACGAAAACCCAGAGAAGGUGCAGAUGUGGAGAACUGCUUUAAGAGAAGUGGCCAAUCUCUCCGGGAAGACAUUAAUGAAAGAAGUUGAAAUGUUGAUGUCACACCCCAAACCCAAAAGGGUUCAAAGCAUGCGAAACCAAACCUUCAAGAGAAACUGGCCUGAGGCAGAGUUUAUCCGAACAAUUGUUGACUGGAUAUUUAGUGAACUGAAAGAUAAACGUUCAAUUGUUUAUGAAGACAGUUUUGUUAGAAUAGCCUCUCGUGUUGAGGAAAUGAAUUCAUGUCUAGACAUGAAUUUGAAUGAAGUCCGCUUUAUUGGGAUAUGUGGGAAGAGUGGAAUGGGCAAGACAACUCUUGCACGUGUAGUUUUUGACAUGAUUUAUAAUCAAUUUGAAGCUUGCAGCUUUCUUGAAAAUGUCAAAGAGGUUUCUGAAGCACAUGGCUUAGAGACUUUACAAGAGCAACUCCUUUGUGAUAUAAGUAAAGGAGCAUUAAGGGUAAGGGAUGUGACCAGGGGAAUCCAAGUGAUCAGGAAUAUACUACGUGAUAAAAAGGUGCUUAUUGUUGCUGAUGAUGUGAGUGAAAAAAGACAUUUAGAAGCAUUAGUAGGGAAGAGUUGGUUUGGUCCAAGAAGUAGAAUCAUAGUAACUACUGAAGACGAACGUUUGUUGAAAAGCUAUGAAAUUCAGACUGUAUGUAAGGUUGACGGACUAAAUAAUGAUGAAGCUCAACGACUUUUUAGUCACAAAGCUCAUUGUGAAAAUGAUUUUGUGGAUUUGGGCAACAAUUUUGUCACUUAUGCUCAGGGCAAUCCUUUGCUUCUUAAAGUUUUGGGUUCCUAUUUGUGUAAAAGAACAAAAGAGGAAUGGGAAAGUGCUUGGAAUCAAAUAAAAGCAAUUCCCAAAGAAAAUAUUCUAGAGAAACUUCAAAUAGCAUAUAAUGGAUUGGAGGACUUGGAGAAAAAAUUAUUUUUGGAUAUUGCGUGUUUCUUCAAGGGGGAGGACCAAAAUCGAGUAGCUGAUAUACUAGAAUCAGUUUGCUACUCAGACAAUAAUAAAAGAAAGCUCAUUGACAAAUCUCUAAUUACUAUUGUAGAGGGGAAAUUCUGCAUGCAUCAUUUAAUACAACAAAUGGGUUGGAAAAUUGUUUAUGGGGAAUCAAUGGAUCUUGGAAGAUGCAGUAGGUUGUGGCAUUAUACUGAUGUCCUUGAUGUAUUAAAGAACAAUAUUGGAACAGAACGAAUUGAAGGCAUGAUGCUCAAUAUGACUCCAAAUGAAGAACAUGAAGAAUUGAAUGUUGAACCAUUCUCUAAGAUGAAUAAACUAAGAUUGCUCAAAAUUUGUAAUCUACACCUUCCUCGUCUCAUUAAUCUUUCAAAUGAGCUACGUUUGUUGGAAUGGCAUGAAUAUCCUUUGAAAUCAUUGCCAAAUUGUUUCCAGCUGCCUGAACUUGUUGAGCUCAUUAUGCAUCGCAGCUGUAUUAAAGAACUUCCAAGGGAAUUUAGUCACUUAUACAAGCUAAAGCUCAUCGACGUUAGUGACUCUCAAAACUUAUGUGGGACUCCUAACUUCAGUGGAAUGCCAAAUAUUGAAAGGUUGAUUUUUCAAGGUUGUACAGGAUUGCAUGCGUUGCACCCAUCUGUUGGAGGUCUAAAACGGCUUAUUCUAUUAAAUCUAAAAGACUGUAAGUGUCUUGAGAACCUUCCACACGAGAUCAACUUGAAAUCUCUAAAAGUUUUAAUUCUAUCUGGCUGUUCAAAACUCAAGAAGUUUCCAAAGAUUGGGAGAAACAUGAAAAGCAUGUUGGAGCUUUAUUUGGACAGGACUGCUGUAGAAGAACUACCAUCAUCAAUCAAGCAUCUAACUGGCUUGACUUUAUUGAAUCUUCAAGACUGCAAAAACCUUUCAAGUUUCCCAAGUGUUAUUUGUAGUUUGAUAUCUCUUGAAAUUCUCAUUCUAUCAGGAUGUAAGGGUCAACCACCAAAAGCAAGGUAUUUGCUUGGUCCCAUUUCGACUUUAUCCUCAAUCUGUGCCACCCUCACUCUUCCCUACACCUGUCUCAUUGAUCGACAACCUGAACCAGAGCCCAUCAGCCUGUUGUUGCCUGAGUCAUUCUCAGGAUUAAGCUCUUUAGUAUCUCUAGAUCUAAGUGGCUGUAAUCUGUUGGAUGGAGCUCUCCCUGAUGAUCUUAGCUACUUAUUCUCACUAACAUCUCUGAACUUGAGGAACAAUAAUUUUACAUGCUUACCUUAUAGCAUUUCUCAGCUUUUAAAUCUUAAACUUCUUUUCUUGGAUCAUUGUAGCAAGCUUCAAUCAUUGCCAUAUCUUCUAUUAAGUACACAAUUUGUUUCGGCACAAGGAUGUACUUCACUUGAAAAUUAUUCAAAUCAAGUUGUCGUAUGGACUUCGGAUGCAGCAGAUUCACUUUUAUUAAUUGCCAUGGCUUGGCUGAUGAUGAUGAAGGAAAAAUUGCUGAUGUUCCUUUGCUAA